CUUCAGUUGUCCAUACAUACCAUGCCUAUUCUUGCUCUUCAGAUCAAAGCCGAGCUCGAGAACAUCACCGAGCUGAUUCCUGCUGAUGCAGAUCACACCUGGCACUUCAAGGUGCAAUGUACCAAGUGUCGCGAGAUUGACCCUAACGUCAUUACCAUGAACGCCAUUGAGAGAGCCGAAAUGGGAUCUGGACGCGGUGAAGCCAACUUGGUAAUGAAGUGCAAGUUCUGCAAAUGUGAAAUUUCAGCUGACUUUGUAUCCAAGCCUGUUCCUUAUUUGAUUGAGAACAACGACAAAUUUGCGACAAUUGCUACGAUUGAAUGCCGAGGAUUGGAACUUGUUGGAUUUGAACCUAGAUCAGGAUGGACAGCCAAGGGUGCAGAGUCUGGCACUGUCUUUGAGGACAUUGAUCUUACAGAUGGCGACUGGGCUGAUUAUGAUGAAAAGAGUCAAAUGCCUGUUGGAAUCUCCAAUAUCGAAUCCAAGUUUAUCAAGACCAAGUAAAAGAGAAGACUACAAGUGAGGGAAGCAAAACUAGGGUCGAUAACAGACAACAGAAUCUGUUGUUCAUUAAUAAUAAAAGAAAUCUCCCAUCUCUUUCAAAG